AUGGUCAGCCUUGGAGUUAUUGCAUGUUCUUCCAUAAUAUGUCACAUUUUUCUUCAUAUCUUUGGUGGACCUUCCUCAGAAGAGUGGCAGAUUGGUGCAUCUGUCGACAUCAUGUUACGAAGUAUUAUUACCAUUAUUGUUGGUGUUCCUCCACCAGAAUGUCUGAUACAAAAAUUGAGAAUAAAACUGUUUGAAAGAGCAAUUACCAACAUCACAAUUCGAGAAAGAGGCGUUGUGAGCACUGGUAUCAUCGUGGAUGGAUUUUGCGAAUGGCAA